AUGCUGGCUCUGCUCUCCCGGGUGCUCGUCGCCCUCAUGACAAUUAUGUGCUUCGUGGGCAUAGUCACCAACUUCCUUUCGCUGGUUAUCUACACGCGUCGCACGUUCCGUAAGAAGAGCAUAAACGUGCUGCUCUCCGCUCUUUCCGCCACCGAUCUUACCGUGUGUCUUCUCGCGAUCCCGGUUUUUGCCAGCACCCAACUGCAAGAGUGGAUUCCCGUUUCGGUGACCGCAAUGACGAUGGUCUACCUGUAUCCGGUGACGAUCAUGUUCCAGUCGAUGUCCGUCUGGCUGCUCGUCUCCAUCACAAUCGACCGGUAUCUGGCGGUGUGCCAUCCUUUCAUGGUCACCACCUACUGCUCCAAAAACAGAGCCCUCGUCACUGUGGCAGUCGUCGUCUUCUUCAGCAUCGCAUACAACGCCGUCCGUUUCUGGGAGUGGACGAUCGAUUUCGAGGCGACGAACAAGUCGGUAGAGGAGCGAGUACAGCCGCUGCUCCGUUCGAAUCCGCACUUCAUGCUCUGGUACCAGAACGUGGCCACCCUCUUCUCACAGUUCCUGCUCCCGCUCAUCGUUCUCUGCGUGCUCAACCUUCAGGUCAUUCAGCCAUCAACUAUUUAAUCUCAUCUAAUAUUCUUUAGGUCGCUCGUACAAUCAUCGAAGCAUCGGAGCAACGGAGGGAAUUGGUGGCUAGUGUGAAGCGGGAGCACUCGACGGCCAAGAUGAUGAUUAUGGUAGUCAUCGGUAAAUGAAACAUGUCGUGACACUUUUAAUUAUCUCUGAAAUUCAGUGUUUCUCGUGUGCUACACAUUCUCAUUUGUGCUCAACAUCGCUGAAAUUUACAAUGACACGCUAUUCUCGACGGCUUUUGGCUUUCUGCUCAAUGACAUCAACAACGUGCUGGUGGUUGUCAACUCGUCAUCCGCAUUUGUCUUCUAUUAUACAUACUCAACAAGGUACCCGUCCGUACCAAUGACUUUCCAAGACAUUGCCACGUCAUUCCAGAUUCCGUAAUCAAGCGCGGACGCUUCCUGGAAUACGAUGGUUGCCAGUUUCUCCAAGUUCAACGUGUACGACACAGAAGUGACUCCCAGUCGGACAAUGACGACACGAUACAAAGGUGGCGUUGUGCAGUCGCCGACUUUCCAAAGUUGAAUUCCUUCAGUUUCAGAAUCGAUCAUCUCGAUCAAAGGCCCUUCGACGCCGCGCAUGAACAGCACGCACACCCUACUAUACAAGCCCAGCAGUUAUGCGAAACCAUGUGACAUCUAG